AUGGCGGACUCGCCCACUGGAGAUGGAGUUGUGUCCAAAGCGCCAGCCGAUUUCUUGAAGAGUAUCAGGGGUCAGCGGGUGAUCGUCAAGCUGAACUCGGGGGUGGACUAUAAAGGUAUCUUGGCUUGCCUGGAUGGCUUCAUGAACAUCGCGAUGGAGCAGACAGAGGAGUACGUGAAUGGGCAGCUGAAGAACCGAUAUGGAGACUGCUUCAUUCGUGGAAACAAUGGUGGGCGGGGGUGGGCAGUGUGGCAUCGACUGCCUGAAUCGUGCGUCAGCGGCUCUUCCGAACCUUCCCACCACUCCCCGUCAUCUGCGCAGUUCUGUACAUCAGCCCACUGGCGUAGCCCCGGAGAGGCAUGCGUUUGA